AUGCCUGAGGAUUCACGUAGUAGAUGGAGUAAAAAAAUCUUAACUUGGAGAGUUUUUAAGCACCCCAGCAAUGAUAUUGGCCCUGAAAGGGUAAGAAGUACACUACAACGAGCUUUCAGUGUUUGGUCUGCCAAUGCAGAUUUAACCUUUCUUGAAGAACAGGAGACAGAUCCUACAGAUAUUAGAAUUUUGUUUGAGUCAGGGGAGCACGGAGACGGAGAUCCAUUUGAUAGAGAAGGAGGAACUUUAGCUCAUGCAUUCUUUCCUGGACAGGGGGAGAUAUCUGGCGACAUACAUUUCGAUGAUGAUGAAAAUUGGACUCUUGGCUCAUAUGCUGGUAUUAACUUGACGCAGGUGGCUGUACACGAGAUAGGGCAUUCCCUUGGUCUAGAGCACACUAGAGUAAGAGGUGCUAUUAUGUUUCCAAGCUAUGAAGGUUAUCGACCUAACUUGGCACUAGCUGAAGACGACAUUUUAGGAAUUCAAGCUCUGUAUGGACCUCCUAAGGGUGCUCCUGGGAGAGAGCCCCCUCCUUUAGCCCCUGAAGAGGAAUGGGUUCCAGGUGGAUCAAUGAAUCCCUGGAUUCAACUAUUAUCUUGCUGCUUUUUCUAGAGAUAUUCAGCUUUACCUUGAUUACCUUGAUUAUUUACUAAUCAGAUAAGAU